UUUUCAGGGAGCAGAGAUGGCCAGGGCCAAAUUCUCCAGCGGUUUCCAGAAAAGGACUGGGAGGACAACCCUUUCCCCCAGGGUAUCGAACUGUUUUGCCAGCCAAGUGGAUGGCAGCUUUUCAGAGAGAGAAACCCUCCCACGUUCUUCAUUGCUGUCCUGACUGACAUCAAUUCGGAGCGCCAUUACUGUGCCUGCUUCACUUUUUGGGAGGCAAUUGAAAGCAUCCAGCAGCUGCAGAACCGUUGGAGGAAGGAGGAAGUGGAGGAGGUGGAGGUGACUGCUCUCAUCCAUCCAACUCAGCUCUUUGCCCCUAAGAGUUUGGUGCUUGUGUCUCGACUGGACCACACGGAGGUUUUCCGGAACUGCCUGGGGCUGAUCUACACCAUCUAUGUGGACGGACUGAGCACCUCUCUAGAAACUGUAAUUGGGAAUCUCCUGACGUGCACUAUCCCCAUUACAGGGGGCUCCCAGAGGACAAUUUCUCUGGGUGCAGGUGACAGGCAAGUGAUCCAGACGCCUAUCAGCGAUUCCCUCCCCAUCAGCAACUGCAGUGUGGCACUCCUUUUCCGACAGCUAGGGAUCACCAACGUAUUGAUUCUUUUUUGUGCGGCCCUGACCGAGCACAAGAUCCUCUUCCUCUCCAGCAGCUACCAGAGACUCACUGAUGCCUGUCGGGCACUGCUUGCCCUCAUCUUUCCCCUGAAGUACAGCUUCACAUAUGUGCCCAUCCUGCCAGCUCAGCUCCUGGAGGUCCUCAGCACACCCACCCCUUUCAUCAUUGGAGUCAGCUCCAUCUUCCAGUCGGAGACACAGGAGCUGUUGGAUGUGAUCAUAGCAGAUCUUGAUGGAGGGACAGUAACUAUCCCAGAGUGCAUCCAUAUCUCUUUGCUGCCUGAACCUCUUCUCCAUCAGACACGUGAAGCCCUCUCUAUGGUCUUGGACCCGGAGUUGGAGAUGGCAGAUCUGGCCUUCCCACCAUCCACCAUCUCUGCUUCCUCCCUCAAGAUGCAGGAUAAGGAGAUCCGGGCAGUCUUCCUCCGCCUAUUUGCUCAGUUGCUCCAGGGCUACCGCUGGUGCCUGCACAUCAUCCGCAUUCACCCGGAGCCAGUCAUUCGCUUCCACAAGGCAGCCUUUCUUGGACAGAGAGGGCUGGUGGAAGAUGACUUCCUUCCCAAGGUACUGGAGGGUAUGGCGUUUGCUGGUUUUGUGACCGAGAGGGGCCCCCCCUACCGGGAGACCGACUUAUUUGAUGAGCUUGUGGCCAGUGAAGCAAAACGGAUGCAGGCUGAUGAAGGAAACAAGGCUAAGAUUCUGCGGCACAUCAAGGAACUAGCAGAACAGCUGUACAAAAAUGAGAACCCUUAUCCAGCAGUGACAAUGCAUAAGGUGCAGAAGCCCACGGAGGGCUGUCACCUGCGUCUGCACCAAAAGCCAUUCCCCCAUUUGGAUGAAGGGACCAUCCAGUGGAUUGUUGACCAGGCCACAGCAAAACAGCAAACAGCACCUCCUUUGGUAAAGGCAGAGAAGAAAGCCAUGGUGCCAUCUGGGCCACCCCUGGGAACCCUCAUGGAGCGGAACGGGAUGCUGCUGGCCAACAGUGCUCGUCGAUUGGAGGUGGUCAGGAACUGCAUCUCCUUUGUCUUUGAAAGUAAGAUGUUGGAAGCCAAAAAGCUUCUCCCGGCUGUGCUCCGAGCCAUGAAGAGUCGGGCAGCUCGCCAGUGUCUCACCCAGGAGCUGAACCUCCACGUGCAGCAGAACAGAGCCAUGCUGGACCAUCAGCAGUUUGACUUCAUUGUCCGCAUGAUGAACUGCUGCUUGCAGGAUUGCAGUGCCACGGAUGAGCAUGGGGUUGCUGCUGCACUUCUGCCCCUGGUCACUGCCUUUUGCCGCAAACUCAGCCCAGGAAUUACCCAGUUUGCUUACAGCUGUGUGCAGGAGCACCUGGUUUGGACCAACCUUCAGUUUUGGGAAGCCAUGUUCUACAGUGACGUGCAGAACCACAUCCGGGCUCUUUAUGUGGAGAGCAAUGAGGAGGACUGUGCUGAGAAGGAGGGGGUACAGGAGGAGGAGUCAGCUCUGGAGAUUGCUGCUGUGCAGUGCCGUCUUUGGCCCACCAUGAGCCGGGAGAAACAGCAGGAACUGAUUCAGAAGGAGGAGAGCACAGUCUUCAGCCAAGCAAUUCACUAUGCCAACCGCAUGAGCUACCUCCUGCUGCCUUUGGACACUAGCAAGAACAGGCUCCUGCGUGGCUCAGGACUAGGAGAUGCUGAGAGUGUCAGCAAUAGUUUAAUCACCAGCAGCAUUGCUGGCAGUGUGGCAGACAGCUAUGAUACUGAAAGUGGCUUUGAGGAUGCCGAAAGUUCUGACGUGGCAAACUACGUGGUACGGUUUAUCAACCGCUUUGUGGACAAGGUCUGCACGGAGAGUGGAGUCACCAAUGAACACCUCAAGGGGCUGCAUGUCAUGAUCCCAGACAUUGUCCAAAUGCACAUUGAGACGCUGGAUGCAGUACACAGAGAAAGCAAGAGGCUCCCUCCAAUACAAAAGCCCAAACUCCUCCAGCCAAGUCUACUGAUUGGAGAAGAGAGUGUUAUGGAUGGUCUGCGUGUUUACCUCGUGCCCGAUGGCAGGGAAGAAGGUGCUGGAGGCAGUGUUGGGGGGCCGCCUCUGCUUCCAGCUGAAGGAGCUGUAUUCCUUACCACAUACCGCAUCAUCUUUAAGGGCACACCAACAGACCCACUAGUGGGGGAGCAGGUGGUGGUCCGCUCCUUCCCCAUUGCCUCUCUGACCAAAGAAGAGAAGAUUACAGUCCAGACUCCCUUAGAUCAGUUCAUCCAGGAGGGCUGUGCUCAGCUCCAACUGCGCUCCUGUACAUUCCAGUUGCUUCGCAUUGUCUUUGAUGAAGAAGUGGCCUCUGAGAGUGCAGAGACCUUCCGGAAGCAUCUCAGCAAGUUGCGCUAUCCCCAGCACAUCUCUGAUACCUUUGCCUUCAUGGUGGGACAGUCUAGCAAGCCUACCCUGCCUUCCAAAGCCAAGGAUAAAAACCCGUCUCUCAGGACCAUUUCCAAGAACCUGGUAAAAAAUGCCAAGAAAACAAUUGGUCGCCAGUAUGUGACCCGCAAGAAGUACACCCCACCUCCCUGGGAGCACCGGAGCAGUCAGCAGCCCUUCCCCGAGGACAAUGAGGAUGAGAUCUCAGUGGCUGAAGAAGUGGACAGAAGCACCUUGACUCCCUCAGCCACAAUCAGGUCCUCUGACAAGAUGACUAUGAGCCACCUGGUAGAGCGAGCCUGUUGCCGGGAUUACCAGCGCCUGGGCCUUGGCACCCUGAGCAACAGUCUGACCCGCUCUAAGAAUGAGCCUUUCCGGAUCUCCACCGUCAACCGGAUGUAUGCCAUCUGCAGGAGGUAUGUCUGGUCAUUGGGAGCGUCCUCCACGCUUGUAGGGAAGAACUGGCAGCUUGGCCUUUAGGGGAGGACAGGUGAG